GCAGUAGCGGCGGCAGCAGGAGCGGCGGCGGUAGCAGCGGAGGAAGAAGAGGCGGAGGACGAGCAGGCGGCGGCGGCGGGAUGUCGGCGCCCCGCGCCGUGUCGGACCCGCAACACGCGGCGCGGCUGCUGCGGGCGCUGCGCUCGUUCCGCGCCGAGAGCCGCUUCUGCGACGCGCACCUGGUGCUGGAGGGCGCCGAGAUCCCGGUGCAGAAGAACAUCCUGGCGGCCGCCAGCCCCUACAUCAGGACAAAGCUGAACUAUAACCCUCCAAAGGACGAUGGAUCAACUUACAAGAUUGAACUUGAAGGGAUAUCAGUUGAAAUAAUGAAAGAGAUACUAGAUUACAUCUUCAGUGGGCAGAUCAGGCUACAUGAAGAAACUAUCCAAGAUGUUGUGCAGGCAGCUGAUCUUCUGUUGCUUACAGAUCUUAAAACUCUCUGCUGUGAGUUUUUAGAAAGUUGUAUAGCUGCUGAGAACUGUAUUGGUAUUCGGGACUUUGCACUGCAUUAUUGUUUGCAUCAUGUUCACUACCUUGCCUCGGAGUAUCUGGAAACUCACUUCCGAGAUGUCAGCAGCACAGAGGAAUUCCUGGAACUGAGUCCUCAAAAACUGAAAGAAGUGCUUUCUCUGGAGAAGCUGAAUGUUGGAAAUGAAAGAUAUGUGUUUGAAGCGGUGCUUAGAUGGAUUUCCCAUGAUUCAGAAUUAAGAAAGGUUCACAUGAAGGAUGUUAUGUCCGCAGUAUGGGUUUCAGGAUUAGACGCAACCUAUUUGCGUGAACAGAUGAUGAGCGAACCACUCGUUCGGGAGGUCGUCAAAGAAUGUAACAACAUUCCACUUACCCCCCCACAGCAGGGUGAGGCAUUGCUGGCUUCUUUCAAACCUAGAGGUUACUCUGAGUGUAUAGUUACCGUCGGUGGUGAAGAAAGAGUGUCACGGAAACCAACAUCAGUGAUGAGGUGCAUGUGCCCUCUUUAUGAUCCGAAUAGGCAGCUCUGGAUUGAACUUGCCCCUAUGAGCAUACCAAGAAUCAACCAUGGAGUACUUUCAGCAGAAGGAUUCUUGUUUGUGCUUGGAGGUCAAGAUGAAAAUAAGGAAACUUUAAGCACUGGAGAAAAAUACGAUCCAGACACCAAUUCGUGGAGUUCCUUGCCACCAAUGAAUGAGGCACGACAUAAUUUUGGUGUGGUAGAAAUUGACGGAAUUAUCUACAUUCUGGGAGGUGAGGAUGGAGAAAGGGAACUCAUCUCUAUGGAGAGUUAUGACAUUUAUAACAAGACAUGGAACAAGCAACCAGACUUGACCAUGGUUAGAAAGAUUGGCUGCUAUGCAGCUAUGAAGAAGAAAAUCUAUGCAAUGGGCGGAGGCUCCUAUGGAAAACUGUUUGAAUCUGUUGAGUGUUACGACCCUAGGACUCAGCAGUGGACAGCCAUCUGUCCCCUGAAGGAGAGAAGAUUUGGAGCAGUAGCUUGUGGAGUUGCGUCAGAACUGUAUGUGUUUGGUGGAGUCAGAAGUCGCGAUGAUAAUCAGGCCAGCGAGAUGGUGACCUGCAAAUCCGAAUUCUAUCACGAUGAGUUUAAAAGGUGGAUUUAUCUAAACGAUCAGAACUUAUGCAUCCCCACCAGUUCUUCCUUUGUAUAUGGAGCUGUACCAAUCGGGGCCAGUAUUUAUGUGAUUGGAGAUCUUGAUACAGGUACAAAUUACGACUAUGUCAGAGAGUUUAAAAGGAGCACGGGAACUUGGCACCGCACAAAACCAUUAUUUCCAUCAGACCUUCGCCGCACUGGCUGCGCAGCCUUGCGAAUUGCAAACUGCAAGCUCUUCCGACUGCAGCUUCAGCAGGGGUUGUUCCGCAUCCGCGUUCCUUCUCCGUGACCAGCCUUGCACAAGGGGAGGAGACUGGAAGAGCCUGCCAUGGUCCACCAUAACAUAGCUUUACAUAAGGAAAAAAACAAAGAUAUUGCAACUGAAACUUAUACUGUAAUCUGUGCUUUGGUAUGGUAACUGUUUUUGUUUUUUAAAUGCUUCAAAGCUUGAGUCUUGGUUCUUGUUUUUGGGGGGAAAUAACUAUAUAGUAAAACAAAAUGAACAAAAAAAAAACAAAACCCAAAAACCUGUGACCAGAAAAACUCCUUCUGUUCUAACUGUUCAGGGAAUAACCUCUGCUAGGGAAGGAGUUUCUUUGUGUCAGAAAGAGGUGGGGCUGGGUAUUACUAUGGCAAAAUCUAUUGAAAAGUAAAAAAAUUAAAUAAAAAAAAUAAAAAAUAAAAAAAUGAAGGUGCAUAUUCCCUGCUGGGAAUAAGAAUAAAUAUGCUAUCUUGACCCUGAUAGCUGUACUGUACAAAUGCUGUACGAAAACCAACCUCUCUGGUGUCUUGGGAAAAGACUGUUACAUGGCUGAAGCUGCGAGAGGGAGGUGUUGGUUGUUGCACCCUUUAUCCUAGCCCUUCUUCACAGGUUAAGGUCUGUGCCUAAUACGGUGGUGGUGUAUAUAUGGUUUGUUUCAUUCAUUUGCAGUGUAUUUUGUUCCUAAGAAUCUUUUUUUUUAAUAUAUUUAAAAUGGACUAAUCUAAAAGAAAUGUAUAGUAUGUUACAGAUGAAUAACCCAAUAGUUUUUGUUUCGUUUUGUGUUGUUUUUUUUACCCUGUGUCAUUCAAAUGGUCUAAAGAUUCAGUGUAUGGGUGGACCAGCAUGCAUGCUGCAUGGAUUUUUUGAAGGCUGAGAUCUCCAGCCCUCAAGUAAAGGGGAGGAUCACAGCCAAGAAAAUCUUGCAUCUGUAUUGUUGUUGGUAAAGAAGGACCAUGCAUGAGUUUCUUAUCAAAGAGAAACUAGCAGCGUCUCUUCAUUCAAAAUGACUCAAAUCCCUGCAGCUUUGCAAUGUCAAGGGCUUUUGGGGGUAUGAUGGUAUAAAAGGGGAGAAGCAAAGGCGGGGCAUUAAGAGAUGCAAGCUAUGGAAAACAUGAUUUUUCAAAUUACCAUUUUAAAGGAAAUGGCCCAGGCAGUUUAUGCUGGGAUCAGAUGCUGGUUUAAUUAUAACCUUUGUGUUAAAGAACAGUGCUAUCUACUACCAUUUGUCUUUGAAAGCUUGGUUUUGGAAGGCAGUUGUAGUGAUGAAUUCAGUGCUUGAAGGUUGUUAAGUUCUGUUCACAGCAGUAGUAAUACUGAGUGGACUGUUGUUGGUAGAAACUGUCUGCUGGCUAGGACACACUUUACCUCACUUCUUAAUUUCAUUUUGUUAUUUAUGACUGGUGAGCUGCAGCCCUACUUCAAAGUAAAAUAGGGCCGGAAAUGCAGUUGAAACUUCCCACCCCUUAGAGACUUGCAGUGUUACCAAUGUUAUUACUGGACCUCGUACUUUCCACUCUGCACCUUUGAAGGACCUCAUCUGAAAAAUCAGUGGGCCGUUCUGCCCUCAGUUACAUUUAGCAUACAUCCAGAUUAACUCCAUUGAUUCAUCCUAGAUGAAAAUGUUGACAAAAUAGCUGCUGUUCAGCUUUCUAAACUUUCUUUCAAAAGACAUUCCAAAAUUUACUAAUACUUUUCAUCAUUCUCUGAUUUUAAUUUUUUUUACUGGAGUUACUAUGGUGUUGAAGGAGGGCAGAAUGUAGUCCUUUCUUGCAAUGCUGAAGUGCUGCAGACUCUGGACUGCACGCAUCGGGGUUUUUUUUCUAGCCUAUUUGGGGUUUUUUGUCUGUGUAUUUUAUUUUAUUUUUUUUAAAUUGGUUGUACUUUUUGUGCAGUGAGUAGAAACUUUAGACCUAAUAUUGGUCUGUAGAUUUGACAUGAUAUAUAUAAUACUUUACUACAAAAUGUAUGCACCACUGUUUCCAUCUCCAGAUCUUUUGUGUAACUUACCUUGAGUGCUCAGUCAUUUAUCUUGCAAAGUUUCCCACUUCAAGGUGAGGAUGUAAGAUGUUCAAAAGCACCUAAGUCACUUUUGAAAUCUGAACAGGUUUCCAAGUCGCUUGGAUGCUUCUGAACAUGCGCUCAGCGUGUUGGAAGGUUCUGAGCAUCUCGCAGCACCCUUCAACUCCCUAGUUAGCAUUAGGAGGAGAUUCGGCAUCUAGGCAAGCAGACGCAUGAAAUCUGUGUUCAGAGCUGUGGAUGCUCUGGCACUGUUUUACAGUAAUGACUAGUGAGCUAAACAUUUACAUUUUUAACUAGAUAAGGCAGAACUAACCAAAUGUGACUCGCAUUUAAAAAAAAAAGAGAGAGAGAGAAAUGAAAAUCUGGAGUUGAUUGGUUUGUGUUGCUCAUGUGGUUUGUUAAAUUUGACAGCAAAGUUUUUAAGCGUCUUGUCCUAAGGCUUGCAUGCAUAUUGAACCUUAAGCAUAUGAAUCGUUGUAUAGUGUAACUGAGCAGUGGGGCCGGUGGGCUGCAGCCACAAAGGUACAUGAGCAUCUAGCUGCUGUUUUUUGGUACAGCUAACUCUCAAACCAAGGUCUCGGAGGUGCUUGAAGACCCCUAUUUAGUCGCUGCAAGGCCCCAAAGCUGCUUCUGGGGAUAAUGCACCAAACUGCUUAAAUCCCAAUGCUGCUCAGACCUUUGUCAUGUGCCAGACCCCUGACAGGACCUUGCACUGGUUCCCCCAAGCUUGUCAGCAGAGCCUGUGUCAUAGGUGUUGUCAAAGCAUGUCUAAUCUGCACACAAUAUGGGGGUGAUGCUGUUUCUUGAGCAGCUAGUAUAGCUGCCCUAUCAUACCCAGUAGCCCAGCCCAGUGGUUAGCUUUGGGAAUGUCAGGACCCAGGUUCAAACCUUUUUCUUCCUCUUGACUUGAAGCCAGAUCUCCUUUUUCUCAACCAAGAGCCUCAGUCGCUGGACCACUAGCUGCAGGGUGGUGGGCGUCGGUCUUCCUGGGUUUUUGCGGGGCAGCACUGACCUGAUUGCAGGUGCCUAACUCCAGGAGAGGGUUGGCGGCUGAGCAGAGACUGGUGCCUCUCCCUGUCUAGAAUUAGACUGUUCCCCAACUCCGUGGGACAGCUGGCCCAAGUCACAACCCCUUUCUUUUCUUCUUCCUACGAUUGAACUUUAAACAGCAUCCUGUGCAGUUUCUGCUCUGCAGUUUGCAGUCUCAGGUGCCUAAGUAUUUCCGUGUGCUGUACAAGGAGCUGAGGUGGCAACUCGGGGCUCUGAGUAACGUGUGGCAGCCGGGGCACCUCACUUUCUUCAAGACUUGAGCUGGAAAUUUGUUGAAUUAGCAGGAACCUGUGUGCGCACACAGCCAACUUUAGGUAUAUGCAUGCAUAUCUCUUAGUGCACACAUUGAGGUCGCUUUCUAUUUCUUUUUCCCAAAAAAACUUUUAUCUUUUUUGCAAUGUGGCAAAAUCCUCACUGGGAAUUGUCUGGUUCAAGCCCCAAGCUUGUCUGUAGCCAUAUUUUAGAGAAAUGGAAGCAAUCUUAUAAGAACAACAUUAAAAAUGCAGCAAAAACACAAACCCCCCCAAAAAUAAACAUGCACACAAAAGACCUUGACGAUGGGAAUAGUGGUGGUAGUUAUGCUUGUUUUUAACACUAAACUUAUGCUUAACGUAAAAUAUAUAUUGUUCCUUUCCCCCUUGUCCAAACAUUGCCGAAGAUUUUAUCCACUUCCAGAUGAAAGGUGAAUGUUUUGGAAAGGGUCGCUGUUCUAUUUCAACAAUUUCUGAGCCUGAAGCAUCAUGGGCAUGAUUAUGUUGCACUGUUUUGAAGAAUGUAACGUUGUGGUGGCUUUUGGAUGGGAGGGAAAGAUGGUUCCUACCCCGUCGUUCAGAGACGGCUGCUGUGGCGUCUGUUCGGUUUCUGAUCAGGUGUUGCUCUCGUGGUCCUGCCAAAGGUCUGAAGAAAGGUGCACCUGGGGGGCCCCUUUUCCCUCCAGCCAGACAGCAUUUCAUCAGUGUAGCAGGAACCCUGUGCUGCUAAACAUGCAGCGUUAGCCUGGAUUUCAUGCCCUCUGCCCGUUUAUACACCUAUCCCACUCUACCCAAAGGGCAUUUCCAAAGAGUCCCCUACUUAAUUGUAGCAAAGCAGGACAUUUCUCUUCAAAUAUUUUCCCAGCUACAGCCCUUUGUGCAUUUAUCCCAAAGCCACAGAUUGACUUGGCUGCCCCCAGUCAAGUAACUUGCGAUAAUAGCGGUGAAGAAACUUUCUUUAAACCUAAUAAAAACAAGAUUAGACUACAUCACAGAGCAGCAAUGAGUCCAAGAGCUAAGACCGACUUGUACAAGUGAUUUAUUGUUCUUUGAGGACAAACUCGGUCCCGUUUUCCCUUUGAAUGCAGUUGUUCAAAAGCAUUUUGGGGCGGUCUCAUUGCUGAAUCAUAUAGAAGUUAUUUUUGCAAAUACAAAAGGGAAUGUUUUCAUCAAAACUACUGGAGCCCCCGACUCUAUUUGUAAGCGUUCAGUUCCCCCUCCAGAAAAUGUCAGGCAGCUUGAUUUCCUUCAGUGAUGUUAUUAGCAGCAUUCUCAGAACAGCAAAGAGGAUGUCCUUUUUUGGAAGUUAUUGUGCCUGCAUGUUUGGGUAAAUGUACAGAAGGAAGGGGUUUUAGAUGCUGAGUGCAGUUUCUCUGCUCAUUAGUUGCAUCAGUAGCCAAACUGUACAGUCUGAAUGUUUUUGGUAAUACAUACUCGCCACACAGUGCAGGAUGCAAUAACAGAGGAAGGCCGUUUACAAGUGCCAAACUUUUGGUUCUCUCUGUAUAUAUGGAUAUUUCAAUUCUUCUGUUCUAGUACAUGGACCUUUAAACUUCACUGUGCUCCAAAACGUUGGGAUUAUUUUGUAAAUGAAUGCUACUUAAACACUGUAAAUCUUUUUAUUUGUUUUUAAUACUGUUCUGCGGGUUUUGCAUUACUCUCCACGGCUGCCUUGAAACAUCACUCCACGUGAUGCACAUGGACACUGCUCUGUACGAGAGCACUGGUGCCAGGCAUGUAAAUAGAAAAUGGCAGCUGACAAGAAUAUGUUUUAAUGUUUUAAAUUAUUAAUAUUUUCGAUAAAGUGCAAUGCAUUUGAACUUAUCUCGCCUGCAGAAGGAAUUUUGUGUCUCGGGUCAAGUUGCAGCAAAUGCAAUUGUUGCUAGGGACACAGAAGUACUCAGAGGCUACAGCAUCCUUGCGUUGUAACUAAUCCGUGUUUUUGUGCCACUCGCAAUGACCCUUUUCAAGGAGUCGUGGUGUUUUGUUUAAGUGAAAAUAGGAUGCCUUCUAUUCUCAGUGAUUCUUAAGCAUCCUGUUGUUUUGUUUCUCUUUAACUUUUAUGUUCUGGGCUGCUUACACAAGGUCUGUGGAAACAGGUACAAGUUGGUUUGAAAAUCUGAACGUGCCGAUUCUAGAACAUACGGAUUCUAGGGUAAAUUGCAGUAUUUUAUUGUUAAUGUUGAGAUGAAAGCAAGUGCUGAGAUGUAUACAUCAGACAUUUGUACUGUAGCUUUUUUUAAAUUUUUGCCAUCCCCCGGUUUUCUCGCUUAUUAUUGCUAUUUAAAAACCCUCUUUACCAGCUAGGGUUUAUGUUUCUGCAGAAUUACUACAUUUUAAAGAGAAACGUAACUAUUAUCAGGCGCUGUGUUUAUUUUAAUAAACCUUAAAUCAUUCAUCUAGUAAGAUUUGGGGCCUGAUCUUAUGAAGUGUUGAGUAAAUUGGCUUGAAGCUAGCACUUGGGACACUGGGAUUCUGUCCAGGGCAAGUAACCAGUUUGUUUGCAUUUUCCUCAAAAUGCACAUUUUUUCUGAAAUCUGUUAGUAGGUUGUGCAUGUUGAAUAUACAGCCUAUUUCCUAAGCCACUUUAGUAUGUUAAACUAAACUGCUGUAGGAAGGAUCACAUUUAUACAGUCUUCUAGUGCUUAGUAAAUAUAAUAAUUACUACAUAUAAUAUGUACAUUAUACAUACAUACUAUAUAGCUGUGUGUGUACACAUGCACGAAUGCAUGCAUGCACACACUCAUGCAUACACACCGUAUAUAAAAUAUAACACUAAAUAUUAUAUUUAAUAAAAAUCUAUAUUAACACGGAAGCCCUCUUGAGUUAGCAGCCUUUCCGACUUUAAAUUUCUGUAAUUUUAACAGUUAAAACCUGGCAAGUGAAGUUUAUAGUCAAAUGUUGAUUAAUGUCAGAGUUGAAAGAUAGGGAACACUUUCCAAGUGCCUAACUGAACAAACCGUCCAAUGUCUUUAUUCUGUGAAUUAGGGACUGAUGCAUCAAGAUAAUAGAUGCAACAGAUGAGAGAUUUCCAAUGCUUUAAAUCCUUUAAAUUGUAAUAAUUUACAACCUACACCCCUGCAAUAAUUUUCUUGGCACUUCAAAAUAGAUCUAUUUUUAGUAGCUUGUCUACUACUUAUAAAUAUCAAAUGACCAUAAACAUUUAAAAAAAAAAAAUUGGGGGGAAUGUACUCAAUAUUAUUUAGUGGGUCAUUUGAAAUACCAUAUGGUAAUGCCUUAAAACUAAACUGGAAGGCUGGAACUUUUCAACACAAUAGCUUAAAUCUCGUUGCCUUGGUGUUCUUGUAUUUCAUUCCAAUCAGCGUGGGAAUGCAACUAUCAUGUACAUGUGUCCGAGUUGAUUGGACAGUAAAUGAAUAUGCUCGCGGUCAUUUGUUACCUGUGGCCUUUGAGUUGAGACCGGUAUUUGAAACCCUUGUAGUAAGGGGAAGUUUUCUGACUACAAUAAUGGCUAAAAAGAAACUCUUAUGCUUAGACAAAAAGCCUUGUCUUAAGAACAUCAAUCAGAUGUGUAAAAGUUGGGGGUUUUUAAAUGCUAUAUAGUAAGUAUUUCUAAAUCUUCACUUAAAGUGUGUGUCUGAAUUCCCUUUCCACCACCACCAUCACUGCUUUGACUUCUGCUGUGUGAUGUGUGCCGCUUUUCUUAAACUAGAUUUUAUUUCAGUGGAGUCUGAGGUUCAGCCAGGCUCUGACCCCGUCUCUCUCUCUCUCUGCGAUAUAAUUUUGUGCCUCCACCCUAACACCUGCAGUUAAUGACAGGGUGAAAAAAUAACCUGGCACAAAAUGGCACCUGUGAAAGCAAAGGCCACUGCUGAAAGUCUAGACUUUCACGUGCAAUAGGCAGCUUGCUCCAACCUGGCUAUCGUUGCCUGUUCUUAGUUUCUCUUUCCAAUGAAUUUAACUGUGCUGGGCAGUUCAAGCCAAGCAACUCCUGUUUUAUUUAUGGACUACCUCUAGCUUUAAGGAAACAAGUAGUGUCCGUCUGCUUGUACCAGACUGACUUUUGUGUUUUUAAAUUUAAAAAAAUACAUUACGCUUUACUAAAAAUAAUAAAUAAAUAAAAAAAUCAGGCUUUGGUUAUUUGAACAAGGAUAGGUAAAUGCUUUAGAGACGCAUGCAGUAUUCUGUUCCCCAAAUUGUGCUUGAAAAAGGAAAUCAGUAAGCCUGAUUCCCUGCAGAGCCUGCAGUUGUACGAAGCAGGAUUUCCGGCACGCGGGUUGUACUAAGCUGACGUUCUCUUAAAUUCUUGGUAAGGUUUCAGAUAACUCUGAGGAGAAACCCUAUAAUACCUUCAUUCGAAAAGGGUUUCUUCUUCAGGUAAUGUACAUCUCAAGCAUUGAACAGUUUUGUCAGCUGUCAUGCAAGUAAAGAAAAGGGCUCUUCCAGGAUGAUCUGGUGACAUAGAGCUCAUACGCAGCUUUUUUCUUUCCCAACCCCUCCCUGCUUUUAUUUCCUUUGGGCUGGGGUAGGAGGAGAGGAACUAUUAUUCCAUUAUUUAAACUGCUUUUUUUUUUUUUUUUUCUCUCUCUAGGUUCCAAAACCUAGUAAUUUGCUCCUUUAUAACUGGAGCUCUUUUAAGGUGAGAGAGAUAUGCCUCUUACUGAGACUGUAUUAUACAGUGCAAUGCAGUUAUUGUAUCGGUACUUUGUGUAUCGCAUCCCAGUGUGACACAGGACUGCUAGCGGACCUUUGAAGUAGGGCUGAAUGUGAAGCAUGAGAGUAAGAAGGAAAGGAUCGUGCCCCACAUCUCUAUGGACACGUUGCACUAGCCUUCCAAGGCAAAGGGGCCAUACAUCUUGGUGGGGAGCUGGUGUCACUGCCACCAGGCUGGAGCCAAAGGCAGAACACUGCUGUGUGCCAGUGACUUCCAGCUACCAAAACUAGUGCCCUACACACACCCCAGCUUGGUGCAGAUUGGGCGAGCUGGAAACUGUCCCCAGUUUUACCAAACUAGGUCGCAGAUCCCUGGACGUCUGUUUGGAUUGCCUGCCGCGGAGCACUGCUUCCUGCCUUGUCUUUUCCCCCUGCCCCCCUCUCACUCCUGCAGAGCACCAAGGCUCCCGUCAGCCUCUGGCCCAGCUAUUUCCUAACUCUGAAAACUGCACGAUUCCAGUUGUGCAAUAAUCUUCUGGACCAGCCUCUGCAGCUGGGGGGGAUAUGCCAGCAGGUGGCUCCUACCAUGUCCUCCAGAAACGAAUUGCUGCCGCCGCGCAUGGUUUCCGCUUAAGAUAUACUCAAACGCUUUCCCACCCAGCUGUUACCUCACCACCUACAGCUGAGGGGAGGGGACUGCUUAGCUCGCCAUUUCAGAUAUACAGUAUCAAAUCAAGACUUGCUUCUGAUCAAACGUAUGAAAUGAUAACAUGCGCAGGUUAGAGUUCACUGAACUAAAGUAACCCACCUCUGAACAGAGCAUAUGUAGCAAGUGCUUUUACACAGCUGUCUUAGAGUCAGGAAGCAUUUAUCUCUCUCUUUAUUGAUUGGGGAUAAAUCCCUAUUCCCAGCUACCUCACAAUUUUUUUUUUUUUUGCAAGUUUUUUUCUCAACACCUUGGCAUCUAUUCUUCAAGAAAAGGCUAACAGGAAACAGGGUGGAAUAGUGCCAUUUUUCUAGGCUGGUUUUUCUUCAUUUCCUUUAAAAUAUGUGAGUCUUCAGUGGCAGGCCCUAGGGUUCUGCAGCUGCUUUAAAACGAAUACUUGAAAAUAACUAAACUUGGCUUGUGAAUGAAAGAAGCAAUUGAAGGACGUAGCAGUUCUAAUGGCUUUAGAUAGGAAGCCGAUCUAUUAAAACUCUUUGCACUUGGAAGUGAAAUAGAGCAGAUGGGCAAAUUUCUCUCCACUUCUGCUAUAUAUUCUGCUUGUCCUGGGGACUUGAUUCAGUGCCUGCAGAAAUCCAUGGGAAAAUGCCAGACGACUUAAUUGCGUGUUUGGUGCCAGCCCUACCUGCAUGGAACUUGGUCGUUGGGGGAGAGUAGACUAUCCAAAUCCUACAGCAGGAUAAAUCACUUUCCAGAUCCAAAAGCAGUCUUGCCCACUUCACUGGAGCUUUCGGAGGUCCAGAUCCUGUUUGGUUUGAAUAAGGGGGACCCAGUGCAUUCUUUGUCAUGCUUGACCACACGUGACAUUCUUUAAAAUGUUACUUCUAACCCGAUAAUAACCAGUUACCUUUCAGUUCUUGGGUUUCUUGAGUAUUUUGUACAAUUCUUCUUUAGCAGGGACAGCUCCUUAACUUGAAAGAGCCACCAAGACGCAAGCAAAAAUUGAGCUAUAAGUUGUUUAAAAAAAAAAAAAAAAUCAAAUUAUGAAAUGUUCAGUAGCAAACUUUCUACAGUCUUCCUUUUGCUUUGCAGCUCAUGUGCAUUUUGAGUUGAUAUCAGAGCAAGAGUGCACCUGCCCUCAGAGGAAAGAAGAAACAAAGAGCUGCCUGUAGCGUGCGAAUUAGCUACAGGAUUGAGAAGCUUUGCACUGGGCUGUGGGUCUACCCAAAAAAAGCCCCCAAAACCUUGUUAUUAAUGGUUCUUUAGCCAAGUCCUCAUAUCUGGCCACGUGGGGUCCCGUGCAUCCUGUCCACAUGGAGCUGCCUACUCUUACGGUAUUGUCAUCUUCAGCCAGACCUGAGGGAUGCUUCUUUUUUUCCCCUCGGAGCUGAUCUACUUAGCCCUACGGAGGGCCGAUAAUGCAGCUGCUGUGUUCGUUUAGUAGCUUCUCCCAUCAGCCAUGCCACCUGUUCCUUGUAGCGGUGUGGCCUUUGAAAGCUGGCUUUGUUUGCUUUGUUGCCACUGGAGCAGAAAGUGCACGUAAUGGGUUUGGGUUUCUGCUGCGUUGUGUUGCUGGUAAGACUCUGAAUCCAUCGCAGUGUUUUGCUUCAGUUCUUCCAAUUUCGGUUGACAUCAUGUUUUGUCAAAUGUCCAUCCUUGGAAAUCUUGAAAACUGGAUUUUUGUAGCGGGGAAUAUUUUGAUUUUCAUAUGCUUCGCUGGGAAGGGUGAUAAUCUUCUGAACAAGCUGGUUUGAAUUUGGCACUGACACUGGAAAAGUCUACGGUUUUUAGGUGUGCUCAACGUAUACUUCUUGAGCAAAACUCAGAAACUGAAAUUUCAGAGGGCCCUUUAGAAAAUAGGAUCAUCUUUGAGGUAUCGCAACAAGAAGCAAAUAUCUUAAUUUCAAAUGUUGCUAGUUUUUUGUACUACUCUAGAAGAAUUCAUAUUAAUUAAAUAUGUACUUAGUUUGAGCCUCUGAAGGCAAUGGUUAAUUUAACUCGUAAAACCUGUGUCAGAUGAACUCUGUCACUCUAGCAAGUGGAAGGGAACAGGAGGUUUGGGGUCUUACUAUAGGGUGGUAGAGCAAGCAUUGUAGUAUACAAUAGGAAAAAAUUGACAACCAAAGUAUCUUUUCACAAAUGCGUAGAUAGGAAAGUAACUACAGGGUAUGUAUACUUCCUAAUGAUUUCAGCCGUUUUUACAGCUAAGUCACAAUUUUCCUUCAUCUUAGAGAAAACUCUGAAGUUAGAGCAUCUAAUUAAAACAGCAUUAUACAAUAUCAUAUAUCCUGUGAGGUUGGAGUAAAGAAUUGGAAAAAAAAAAAAAAAAAAAAUUAAAAUCCCAAUUGAUCACUGGCAGACUUCAAGAGUUUAAUCUCACUGCAGAAUUGUAUGCAACCCCAACAUUUUGGUGCUGGAUAAAGCUAGAAAUAACCACGUUGGGGCAUUCAUGAGUACAUUAAUCAUUCUGUGAGAUGAGCAGCACAAAGGAGUCAGACUGCCGAGCGCUCUGGUGUUCUGAGUGUGAGGAUAUUGUUAACCGAAUGAUUUUCUGUUUGAACAGGAAAACUUGUUUUUCCUAUGUAAACUUUAUCUGUAUAGGCCAGGGACGGGCAAAAUGCAGCCCACGGGCCAGACGCAGCCUGCCAAGCCAUUCUAUCCGGCCCAUGGGGCCCCUAAACAGUUUAGAUAAUUAAUGUUAAUCUGCCCUGGGCUGCCUGUCAUGUGGCCCUCGAUGGCUUGCCAAAACUCAGUAAGCAGCCCUCCGCCCAAAAUAACUGCCCGCCCCUGGUAUAGGCUCAGUUUAGGGGUGAGAUUACUACAUCUCUAAACGUAGACUUUCAUACACAAACUUCAUUGGUUACUCAGGAUUUUUCACUUGAACUUUUUGGAUCCUUUGGAAGCUGGAUUUUUAUUUCUCUCUCGUAUUUCUGACCCUAAGCCUACAAUGAUUGACUUUAUAUUAAAUAGUAGAAAUCUGGGAACACAGCAUCCAACCUGCAUAUGUUGCCAGGUGUGCACCUCCUUGCUAGAGAGAGAACUCCUUUGUGGGGUCAGAUGCAAGAUCUUUGGCCUCAGCUUGUCUUCUCCAAGAGGAAGACUGGAGUAUUUGUGCCCCAGGGAAUCCUUUGUUGCAAGGCAGGGAGCGUCCAUGCCACGUGGCUCUUCUAAAUCCAGUUCUUGGAGCCAGAGUAUGAGUGCUUUUGAUAGACUACCACCUCACAUCCAGAUCAACGUUAUUUGUUCCCCAUCCCCAUUUCUUUCUGAUUUGUUGCACAUUUUCCUUAUUUAAUUUGCUUCCCACCAUGUGUCCCUUGAGUUCUGACUCUUCUUCUUGCUAAUAUCUUUCUCUUGGAGCGGUCUGGAUGGAUGUCAGCCCAGAUUUACCUGUAGUGUAAAUCAGGGUCAUCUCCUAGCAUUUGUAUCCCUAAAGCUGAGGAUGUAUUUGGGUCAUUGUAGUUUCCUGGUAAACCUGAAUCUGUCAUCCUUGCAUGCCUCUGGCAUUUCCAGAAAUGCUUUGGAGAUUGUGAUUUUCGAAGGAGCCUGAAGUGCGGUGUCUCUACCUCAUCCUAAAUCUGUUCAGUUUCUAAGCAGCAUUUUCCAUUUUACUGGACAUUAUUUUGUACCUUUCCCCCCAUGCCUUGUUCCGAACUCCGGUUACUGUUUCUCUUCUCUUAAUUCAGAUUAAUUUUAGUUUACCUCCAUGAAUCAACCUCUGACUGUGGGGUCUAGCACAGGAGACAAACCUCUCCAAAGUGCCCUCGGCUCCCUAGGCUGAUGAGGACCUCUUAAAGACUUCACUUCAGUCCUAGCCCCAAAUUCUGCUGUAGGACACAGUAAGCCAAACAGAGUCUGAAAGUGUGCUGUUUCUUUUGUUGACUGGAAAUAACUAGAUCCUAGAAAAUCUCUUUCUUGAGAAAUAGCCAAUCCAGACAGCAGGCAGCAGAUAAAUUUCUUAUGCUUCCAUAUUCAGUAUUUUUAAUUGAGAAACAGAUUAUUUAUUUUGGGAAAAUGUACAUUUUUGUAUUUAAUGUCAAAGUGGCCUUUAUAGAGAAAGCACAUAAAAUAUUUAGAUUAAAAUUGCUUAGUUGUGUAAUUUUAGUGGGGAUUUUUAUAUUGACAGGGUUUUUAUGCAUUUUUCAAAGUACUAUAUUUGCUGGUUUGUGUUAUAAAUUAUCAGUGAUAUUUUUAAAGGGUAUCUUAGCAAUUUUUUCCCCAUAGUUGCUCCUUCUACCGUUCCUAGACCCCAAAACUGCUGGCUGACCCUGUAAAUUUAAUUUCCCCCAGUACAGUGACUACAGUACAGCCGCGCAGCUUCGAGAAUGAUCUUAGCCGCGUGGCGUAAUUCUGGAGAGCUGUCUUUUUUUAGGAGGGCAGCACGCAGUAUUUCAGUUGUUCUUGACUUGCUCUGUUAGUGGAUGGAUAGCUAUUACUAGAAUUUGCGAAACUUUAAUUUUUUUCCAUCUUGCAAUGUUUACACUCGUAUUAGUUAAUUUCCAGGAAAUGCACUAGUUGUGCGGUGUGCAACCUCGUAUCAUGAGUGCAGUGUCAGUGGUACCCUGAAAAGUUCCAGAGUUCUGAUGGUGUCCUAGGUUCAUGAUCGGAGAGAUUCUGAAAAAUGAGAUACUUAGCAUUGGAUUGGUUUAUGUAUUUUGGGCUAAGUGAUUCACAAUCUCCUUUUAACAUUAGUGGGAUCUAAACUGAACUCACGAUUAAAUUGGAAACAAAAUUAGCACGUUGGUGAACUAGUGCAGGGGGUGAAAAAAUAGAUUGAGACGCUGGAGAAAUCUCCAGGAAAAAUAUGCAUUCAGUUGCACUACUACUUUGCGUGUGCAACUGCCUUGACUGCCUAUGCAACCAUUGGGCAUACAGUUAGCAAAAAUCAGACCACUUAUUCUUUCAUUCCCCCGAUUUUUAGUUUUUCUUCUCCCAAACAAUAAGCGUUUGCUAGUUAGGGACUUCCAAGAGAAUGUCUGUCAACCCAGGCUUCAGUUUCAAUAUAAUUAUCUAUGCGUAUCCUUAUUUGUUUCCUUUUUUGCUUAAUAGAGGAUCCCUGUACCUUUUUAGUUUAGCAACGCUCCAAGCUCUUAGGAAUAGUUAAGAAUGAACGUUAUGCAUGCUAACAUGUAUUCUCAUGUUUGAAGAAUAAUGUGCAAUUUUUAAUGGCACUUUGACCUAUUACUGAAAAUCUGGGUUUUGCAAUGGAACAAAUUGUAUUCACAGUUGAAACAAUCGGUGUAUAGUUUGAAUGUCUUUCAAGUGUUGGAAAUGGUGACUUUUCAAGAUGUGUCCCUAAAUACUUUGGUGGAACGUGAUUUUUUGCUUUUGAGCUUUAUAAUCCGUUCUUAGGAAACCAUGUGUUUCUAGUUUACUUCUGUUGUCAAAAUCACCCAACUCUGUCUCUGGACCACAUCUAUCAGUUGUUGUAACAGCGAAGUGGAACGAUUCAUUGAUUCUUAUCAGUAAUGUUUCUUUCAAAAUCACUUUCUAGUUUACAUGUUAUGAUGCAAAAGGGGAUAUGAGAAUUUUCCUGGGUUAAGUAGCACUUACUUUGUUUACAUGUGCAGUAUAAUGUUGGGUAACUAAGGGAAGGUCCCCCUUCCAAAGUGCAUGAAUUGUGCUUUGGGGACCUAGUUGCCAAUGUGCAAAUUGUGCUGUAAUGUACCAAGGAUCAGUGAAAGUGUUUUAUCUUUUUUAAAGUAGUUUGUAUUGACUGGGUUUUAUAAAUGUAAGAAAACAGAGUGUUGUAUUUUGAUCUGAAAUUUGUGUAUGGUCAAGUAACUUUGCUUUAUGUAUUGGAGGUUUGUUCAGAACUUGAAACAUUUUAUAGAAGGGUGCAGACCAAAAUUACUUGUCUUAAAAAGGUGUUUAAUAAACUAACCAAAUAAAACACUGAUGGCUUGAAGAA